AAUAAAAUAAAAUAAAUAAAAAAUAAAGGUAAAUGAGACAUGACCCUCCUCUAUAAAUUCUCCCUCUCCCUGUUUAGAUUUCCACCAAUCAAAAACAUAAAAACUUCUUGUUGUUGUGUUGUUGCAAAGAGAGCAAAUUUCUCAACAAUCAUGUCUUGUGGGGGGAAUCAAAAUCAACAACAAGGGUUUGAGAUGCCAAGGUAUGUUGUCAAGAAGGUUCUUGCCAAACCUCAACAAGAAGGUGUUGGUGCCAUUGUUAGAAGAAGCAUUGGAAGGAGUGAAUUGAGAAGUUUGGAUCCUUUUCUUAUGUUGGAUGAGUUUUCAGUUUCUCCUCCUGCUGGAUUUCCUGAUCAUCCACACAGAGGAUUUGAAACUGUCACAUAUAUGCUUCAGGGAGCUUUCACUCACCAAGAUUUUUCCGGCCAUAAAGGAACAAUUAACGCCGGGGAUUUACAGUGGAUGACGGCAGGCCGUGGUAUCAUUCACUCUGAAAUGCCGGCCGGCGAAGGUGUGCACAAAGGCUUGCAACUCUGGAUCAAUCUUUCUUCCAAAGACAAAAUGAUCGAACCUCGAUACCAAGAACUACAAAGCAAGGACAUAAGCAGAGUAGAAAAGGAUGGAGUAGAAGUACGAAUCAUCGCCGGAGAAUCAUUUGGAGUCCGGUCACCGGUAUACACAAGAACACCAACAAUGUAUUUAGACUUCACAAUGAAACCAGGAUCACAACUUCAACAACAAAUCCCUGGAACAUGGAAUGCAUUUGUGUAUGUGAUUGAAGGAGAAGGUGUGUUUGGUGUGCCGAAUUCAUCGGCAGCGUCUUCAAUUGCAACAAGCCAUUAUGUUCUUGUGCUUAGCCAUGGAGAUGGUCUUAGUGUAUACAAUAAGGGAACAAAGGCAUUGAGGUUUGUCUUAAUUGGAGGGCAACCAUUGAAUGAGCCAGUGGUUCAGUAUGGACCUUUUGUGAUGAAUACACAGGAUGAGAUUGAACAAACCAUUGAGGACUAUCACUUGUGUAGGAAUGGCUUUGAGAAGGCCAUGCAAUGGAAGUCUCAAUGAAAUGUGGGCUUGGAUUACUUUGAUUUGAAGGGAAUUUUUAGUAUUACUUUUAUAUUGUUUAAAGUUGUUUAAGUGUUUAUGGUUUUGAGAUUAAUGUUAUUUUUUUCCUUUAGUUUAUUUUUUUGAAUUUUUUUGUUUUGUUGUUGUUGUUGUUGUUGAUGAUGUAUGUUGUUGUUGUGGGGUGGUGUUGAUGGUAGUGGUGGGUCUUUUGUUGAAUCAAUUGUGCACACGAAAAAGAGAGGGUGAAAUGGAAGCACUUGUAAGCAA